AUGGGCCCAGGGAAUGAAGUCAUGAGGGUUCAGCCACCGCCACCGUCAUCCCAGGCUCUAUUCCGCAACAAGGUCAUCGAGAUGGGUCAAGGCUGGUCCUGGCGUUCGACGGAGCAGGCACCGGAAGGAGUGAGAGAUCCCCCGACAGCGCGCGAGUAUGAGGCUAGCAAGAGCCCAAUAUUCGAGACUACACGAGAGAUCAAGGACAGCAACGUCUACCAUUCCGAUGGCCCACAGAGCGUCAUAAACAUUACAACAAACAACUAUCAUCCACCUCAGCCAGUACCGACUUCCAGCAACCACGGAGCGCCAGUCUCCGAUGCUGAACUGCUAAAGUGGCUAACCUCCAAAGCAACGAUCAACUUCAGGGCUAUGCACAACGAUAUUAAAAAGAAGCGGUGCAAAGGCACGGGGAGAUGGCUCCUCGAUAUGCGGCUGUACAAGGAGUGGAAAUCGACGCCCGCGGCCAUUCUUUGGGGGAUGGGUAUUCCGGGUGCCGGAAAGACGGUUUUAGCAUCUCACGUUAUCGACGAUCUCCUAAAGCUCGAGGACGACGACACAUGCGUCCUUUUCGUGUAUUGCCGCUACACAGAGGCCCUCACCAUCAGCGAUAUCCUCAAAACACUGGUGAAGGAAUGUUUGAAACGACAUCCGGGCGCGGCGGAGGAUAUCCUACCCUUCUACGAGCAACACAAAAGGGACGAGACAGAACCAACCCUGGACGAUCUCGUCGAUCUUCUGAAGCAACUCGAGAGGCGUUUCAAGUGCGUCUUCUACAUCAUCGAUGGCGUCGACGAGGCCCUGGUGGACGUUCGUUUUGAUCUCAUCAAGGUCAUGAACGAACUUCACGGUAACAUCAUCCUCACCUCUCGCCCCCUUGACGACUUGGGAAGGAAGCUGAAGCAUUCUGUCUUAUUUACCAUCGAGGCCCAGGAAGAAGAUGUGCGCCUCCUCGUUGACGACAGGCUCGAAAGGAAUGACGGACUCUCCGAGCUGUUGGCAGACAACAAUGAAAAGGAGGCGGUCGUCCGAAAGAUCACCACCAAGGCGGGAGGGAUGAUUCUUCACGCGGUCUUGCAAGUGGAAGCGCUGCGGGAGUGCACGAGCAUUGCAACGCUCUAUGACCGUCUCGCUCAGUUCCCUUCGGGGAUGGAGGGCAUGUACGCAGCCACGAUCGAACGAGUGGAAGCCCAGCCCCCGGAGACCCGAGAUCUGGCAAUGCGAACUCUUCUCUGGAUUGUUUUCGCAAAGGAACCUCUAUCUCUCAAGCAAAUCCAGUGGGCUUUGGCCGUCCACCCAGAAACCUACAAGUACGACGAACGAAGGGUGCCUCAUCAAAAAACAAUCCUCUCAGCCUGCUGCGGCUUGGUCGACCUUCACCCAGAGACCAACGUCUUGCGGCUUGUUCAUUUUACCGCCAAAGAUGCGCUGCCGUCGCUUAUACUCCAGCGCAUUCCUCAACCCCACGCAGUCAUCGCGAGAACCUUGAUCGAGCGCUUCGUGUCCUGCAACUGGGGAACCCAGUCGACCCUGACACCAGGAGACUAUGACCAGCGACUCUUUCAACACACUCUUCUCAGAUAUGCCAUCAAAUACUGGGGAACCCAUACCCGGGAAGGCAUCGCAGACGAAGGGCUCUUCCACGCCACCGUCGAGUUCCUACGCAAUUGCAAUUCAUUUCCCAUACGCCUUGCCAUUCCGCGCCGUCCCUGGGAAUUUCGAUUUGACAUCGUUGGACCAUUGCACCUCGUUUCGUUCUUCGAUCUCCCGAUCGACAUCCUGGGCGCACUCUGUUCCUUCUGUGAUAUCCGCUCUCCAACCUCAAUGUACAAACUCACCCCGUUAGCCUUCGCAGUCGACUACGACCGUCUCGACAUCGUGAAACGACUCCUCCAUUUGGAUGGCACGCUAGUCAACGCCAAGGAUCGCGACGGAAGAACGCCAGUCCAUAUUGCAGUUCCCAAUGAUAACGAGCCUAUGCUCUCGCUGCUCCUCGAAUGCCCAGAAAUCGAUGUGAAUGCGGUAGAUGAUGACGGGUAUACACCUCUCCACCGAGCAUCGGACGCCGGUGCUGCAUCCGCCGUCCGCUGCCUGUUGCAGCGCCGCGAUGUGGAUCUCACGUUGGAGACCAAACUGGAGGGACAGACUGCGUUGAUGUUGGCGUGUUCUGCUACGAGGUCUGAGGUGGUGUCGCUAUUGCUGGAACCUCGAGAUGGCGAGGUUAAGGCACUUAAUCAAAGGGAUCUCAAAGGGUGCACUGCCCUGAUUUCAGUGUUUUCGCGACCUUUCCUAUGGCUAUUUACAAAGGAACAUACCCUGGAGCGCAUCUUGACCAGGCCCAGCACGUCGGGACUUGCGGAAACAGUCGGCAUGCUCCUCAGCUCCCCGGGAAUUGACACUACCCUUACCGACGAUUAUGGUGACACAGCCCUCCUAGAGGCCAUCGCCCAAGGGCCCGAAAGCGGGGCGUUAGCAUUAAUCAAGCACGGGGGCAACCAAAUCAACAUUCCCGACAAAGGGGGGAGGACACCCUUGAUGUACGCGGUCCAAAAGAGGAAGGAGAAAGUCGUGCGCGAGCUGUUGCAAUGCGAUGGAAUCGAGGUGAACGCUCGAGACCAUCAAGGGAACACGGCGUUACUGCUUGCGGCUAAGGAUCGUUACGCUAACCGAAGCACUGUGGACGAACGCCUGGACAACAUCAUUACGGCAUUACUGCAGCAUCCGGCAGUUGACUUGAAGGUCAAGGACGGCACUGGUGUGCCUGCUUCGUUUUACUUGGAGGAGACAGGCCUGCUGCGAGAUGCUGGGGACAGUUAG